AUGCCGUACGCAAAUCAGCCGACGAUAAACAUCAUGGAGUUGAGUGAUGAUUUAGUUCGCUUUUCAUUGGAAGACACUGAUCUUAGCGUUGCAAAUUCGCUCCGACGGGUUUUCAUUGCAGAGGUCCCCACCAUAGCGAUUGAUUGGGUCCAGAUUGAAUCAAACACAAGCGUUCUUCACGACGAGUUCAUAGCUCAUCGAAUGGGUUUGAUACCAUUUGUCUCAGACAAUGUAGUUGAUGAUAUGGCCUACACCAGGGAAUGCAACUGCACAGAGUUUUGCGAUGCUUGUUCGGUGUUAUUCGAGCUGAAUGUGAAGUGUAAAGAAGAAGCAACUCGCUCUGUUACGACGGCUGACCUUGUGUGCAAAACAGAAAGAUAUGUUAAUACGGUUUUUCCGGCUUGUGGCCAGCAGUUGAAAAGUCGCAGUGCUUUUGGUGAUGAAUACGGUCAACAUGAAGAUAUUCUCAUAGUCAAACUUAGAAAAGGACAAGAGAUAAACUUGAAGUGUUACGCGAAGAAGGGUUUUGGAAAAGAACAUGCAAAAUGGAAUCCUACCUGUGGUGUUGGCUUUGAAUACGAUCCUGAUAAUGCCCUACGGCACACCAUCUAUCCAAACCCUAAAGAGUGGCCUCGCAGCGAGUUUUCACAAUUGAAGGAUCAAGAAGGAGAGGAGAAACAGUACGAAGCGCCGUAUGAUCCGCAUGGGAAACCGAAUAAGUUUUGGUUUACAAUUGAAGCUACGGGUGCUUUGAGAGCUGAUCGCAUUGUUUAUUCUGGAGUUGCAGUAUUGAAGAAAAAGCUUACAGAUCUUCAGGUCAAUCUUCGACAUGAAUUGCUACAACAUGGCUUGGCCAUCAAUAAUUAG